CAAAAUGCCAUCCCAAUUACGCGCAGGUCCGAAUGCGAACAGAUUUAGUUCGUGAGGCCAUUCGUCGCAUACGAUCACGAUAGUUGUGAGGACUUGUUGUAGCCUCAAGUCUGUUCAAAGCUCACUUGGAACUGCUGUGACCAUGCAAAGCCUCUAAUGUAUCACGCCAUAAGAAAGCUUGCUGGCCCUGGCUGCCUGCAGCUUCCCACGCCAACAUUGAUCGCGAGACGAUCGCUCUUUGCCCUCCAUACAAGAUGCUAUGCAACGGCCCAUCUCAACCUCCCAAAAUUAGAUGAAAAAUGGCGCCAAAGAUGGACCGAAAAUCGACAGCGCGAGCGGCCGUCGCUUGCCGCCAAACCAUCCACCACGUCCUCCAACCUUGAGCCAGAUUCUCAGAGCCCCGCCGACCAUAUGUAUAUUCUGUCUAUGUUCCCAUAUCCUUCGGGGACGCUUCACUUGGGUCACCUCCGUGUCUACACCAUAGCGGACGUUGUGGCACGGUACCAUACACUGAGGGGGCGUAACGUUCUCCUGCCAAUGGGCUGGGACGCCUUCGGUUUACCAGCUGAGAACGCAGCUAUCGAACGAGGUGUUGCACCUGCUGAGUGGACUCGCGCAAACAUCGCGCGUAUGAAGGAGCAGUUGGAGUUGAUGAACGGUAGUUUUGACUGGUCAAGGGAAUUCGCCACAUGUGAUCCCGGGUUUUACAAGCAUACCCAGAAGCUCUUCCUCCUCCUACGCCAGUUCGGCUUAGUCACCCGCCAGCACGCUGUUGUUAACUGGGACCCCGUAGACAAGACUGUCUUAGCGAACGAGCAGGUAGACUCGGAAGGACGAUCAUGGAGAUCGGGAGCCAAAGUGGAACAGCGCCCGCUUGAACAGUGGUUCUUUCGUAUCACCGAAUUCAAAGAGGCUCUGCUGCGUGACCUCGAUGAGCUUGCGAAGGAAAAUCGCUGGCCAGAUCGAGUGCUUGCUAUGCAGAAAAAUUGGCUCGGACGAACGACAGGUGCAAGAUACCGCUUUCCCCUGAUUCUUCAUGGCCAGCCUCAGCUGGGUGCUUUGGAGGACCUCGAGAUAUAUACAACACGACCGGAGACCAUAUUUGGGGCCCAGUUUAUUGCUAUAUCUUCAAGUAGUAAACUCGCGAAAGACCUCGCAAGCUUCGAUCCGAAAGUUCGUGAAUACUUGGAGACACUAGAAAAGUCGACAGAGCAGAAUAUGCAAGGGUACCGGAUACCAUAUAUCCAAGCGCAUAAUCCCAUUAGUCGCAUAGGAUCUGAAUUUCCUAUGCAAACAGAGCCACUACCCGUCUUCAUCGCCCCCUAUGUGGGUGGGGACUACGAAACCGGUGCUGUUAUGGGGGUCCCUGCGCAUGACGCUAGGGACUUUGCCUUCUGGCAACAGAACGUACCGUCGGGAGAAAUCAAAUACGUGAUCACUCCAAAUUCAACUGGACAUUCCACGAAGAUGGAUGGGCCGUACUUGGAAUCGGGAUACAUGACGAAGCUUGCCGGCAAAUACAGCGGAAGGUCAUCUGAUGAGGUCGUAGAGUCUAUUGUCGAGCAAAUACGAAGUGAAACAAACCUAUCUGAACUUCAGACAAAGUGGAAGCUUAGAGACUGGCUCAUCAGCAGACAGAGAUACUGGGGUACACCUAUACCAAUUAUCCAUUGCGGAAGCUGCGGGCCACAGGCAGUUCCCGACGAUCAGCUUCCCGUCGAGCUUCCAGAGGUCGAUUUCCACUGGGCCAGCGGUCGAGCAGGAAACCCUCUCGAAUUUGCGACAGAUUGGGUCAAUACAACGUGUCCAAAGUGUCACGGUACAGCCAAGAGAGAUACCGAUACAAUGGAUACAUUUGUGGAUUCUAGCUGGUAUUAUAUGAGGUUCGCCGAUCCUCGUAACGAAGACCACCCUGUCUGUGAAGCCGCUGCUCGGACUCACCUGCCUGUAGAUGUAUAUAUCGGAGGCGUUGAGCACGCUAUUCUUCAUCUUCUCUAUGCAAGGUUUUUCUACAAAGCCAUCAUGGGUAAUUUGUACCCAAACAUUAAGGCUGAUCAUGACGGCGUGACUGAAACUGCAUCGCACGAGCCCUUCAAACGACUCAUCACGCAAGGUAUGGUUCAUGGUAAGACUUAUCUUGAUCCCGAUAGUGGCCGCUUCUUAAAACCGGAUGAGGUUGAUAUGUCGAACCCGUCCGAGCCAAAAAUUGUAGGAUCAGAAAAGUGUCCUAUCAUUACAUAUGAAAAAAUGUCAAAGUCAAAACACAAUGGAGUCGAUCCGACCACUUUUAUCUCGAAGCACGGGGCUGACGCCACCCGGGCUCAUAUCCUGUUCCAGGCGCCAGUGGCAGAGGUUCUCAAUUGGGACGACAACAAAAUUGCAGGCGUUUCGAGAUGGCUGCGUCGAGUUUAUGAUCAUGUCCACGCGCUUGCAGCCACUGUGCAGAUGACCGGCGAUAGCUCUAUGCCGUUCGACGCUAAAGAGUAUUUCGCUAGGAAAAAAGAGGAUUCGAUUGACAUGACCAAAGAACGAACAGCGCAAUGGGAUGACAGCAUGACUGUUUGGCGCACUGUUCAGGAAUCAAUCAUCAGUGUCACGGCCGCUUGCGAGAAGGUGUACGCGCUUAAUACAGCAGUAUCAACGCUGAUGAGUCUGACCAAUAUUAUAAUCGACAAGCCUAAUGCUUCUCAUGUAGUCAAACUCGCAGCAACGACCGAGUUGGUGCGCCUAAUGGCGCCUAUUGCUCCCGCAUCCGCAGAAGAAUGCUGGAGCAUGUUGCGGCCAAAUGAGGGGAUGCUUUUCGACGAGGCUGCUCUGGCUCGGUGGCCCAAACCCGACGGUUCGUUGCCAUUGUUGAAUUUCGCCUAUGCAAAAUGCACUGUAGCUGUUAAUGGCAAGAAGCGGUGUGUGGUAGAUAUACCACUCGCGCCGAUAGAUCUCGACGAAAACAAACUUGAGGCAUGGAUUACCGAGCAAAUUCUCCAGACACCCCAGGCACAAGAGAAGCUGAACACCCCUGAAAACGAUAUCCGCAAGGCUACCAAAGUCUUCGUUAUGAAAGGGGGCAAAGGCGUUAAUUAUCUACUGCCAAAAGGGUCUAAAAUAUAGACAGACUGUCAUCUAGACCGUAGAAUGUCAACGCUACAUGUAACUAUAUCUGUAUAGAUGUCAAUACCCCGAAUUGUAUAAAAAUGGUAUUAUAAAUGGGUUUCGCUGCUCAAACCGUAUUUUGUCUUUUCUUCCCUCUUCAUCUCCCACCCCACCCCAUCGCGAAGAUUGCAAACCAAAGUACAUAGCCAAUCCUAGAGUCUGGCACCGAUGUCUACUUUG